CAUCAGAUAGUAGUCAAUACCCAAACAACGGUAAUAACAAGUAACAACAACGGAUACGAAGACAGCCGACAGACAACAGAGUCAUCAAGUGCAGGGACGCUGUGUUUUUGUUGUACGUCUUUCAGAAUCGUCAUUGUUUUCAAAUUAUCAUCAGUUAUUCUAUUUUGUUUCUGCCUCCAACGCGGCACCGUCAUGUCUGUACCUGCGUCUGGCAAGCUCAUCAUAGUGUCCAACAGGCUCCCGUUCGUUCUCAAAAAAAAUAUGCUGACGCAGAAAUGGGAAAGAAAAGCCAGUGCUGGUGGUUUAGUCACUGCUGUAGCACCUGUUGUAAUUCAAGGAAAUGGAAUAUGGAUUGGAUGGGCUGGUGUUCACUUAGAGGAAGGUGAAAAUAUACCCGAAUCGGAUCCUAAUGAUAAAACACCUACUGCUGGAUUACUUUCUGAUAAAGUUAUAUCUAUUAAUUUAGAUCCUCAAACGUUUGAUAGUUAUUAUAAUGGUUGCUGUAAUGGAACAUUUUGGCCCUUAUUUCAUUCAAUGCCUGAUAGAGCUCAAUUUUCUGCUGAUUCUUGGAAAUCAUACUGUGCAGUCAAUAAAGAAUUUGCAUCAAAAACAGUAGAUGCCUUGGAAAAUUUAUCAAGAAUAGAUACAGAUUCUGGAACACCUCUUGUGUGGUUACAUGAUUAUCAUCUUAUGUUAGCUGCCAACAGCAUUAGAAAUGUGGCUAAUGACAAAAAUCUAAAAUUUAAACUAGGAUUUUUCCUUCAUAUACCAUUUCCUCCGUGGGAUAUUUUUAGGUUAUUUCCAUGGGCUGAUGAAGUUCUUCAAGGAAUGUUAGGUUGUGAUAUGGUUGGUUUUCAUAUUGGAGACUAUUGCUUAAAUUUUGUGGAUUGUUGUCAUCGGAGAUUAGGUUGUCGAGUGGAUCGUAAAAAUUUACUAGUUGAACAUGGUGGUCGUACAGUAUGUAUUCGUCCAUUGCCAAUUGGUAUACCAUUUGACCGAUUUGUAGAUAUGGCUAACCAAGCACCCAGAGUAAUAAGUACAUCAUUACAAUUGGUACUUGGUGUUGAUCGAUUGGAUUAUACUAAAGGAUUAGUACAUAGACUAAAGGCUUUUGAAUUACUAUUGGAGCGAUAUCCACAACAUAAGGGUAAAGUAGUACUUAUACAAAUUGCUGUUCCAUCACGUACAGAUGUUAAGGAAUACCAAGAUCUUAAAGAAGAAAUGGACCAGCUUGUUGGACGAAUAAAUGGACGUUUUUCAACUUUUAAUUGGUCACCAAUUAGAUAUAUUUAUGGGUAUGUCAAUCAAAAUGAUUUGGCAGCUUUCUAUCGUGAUUCGGCUGUAGCUAUGGUAACACCACUUCGAGAUGGCAUGAAUUUAGUAGCUAAAGAGUUUGUUGCUUGUCAAAUUAAAGAACCUCCAGGUGUCCUUAUUGUAUCACCAUUUGCUGGAGCCGGUGAAAUGAUGAAUGAAGCUUUAAUUUGUAAUCCAUAUGAAUUAGUUGAAGCAGCUGAUAUAUUGCAUAGAGCAUUGACCAUGCCCGAAGAUGAAAGAGUAUUAAGAAUGAGGUGUUUGAGACGUAGAGAAAAAGUACAUGAUGUUAAUUUUUGGAUGCGAUCUUUUCUUAAAGCAAUGGGAACUCUAAUAUUUGAAAACGGAGAUGAUGUUUUGCCAACUACUAUGCAACCAGUCACUUUACAAGACUUUGAUGAAUAUUUGUCUAAAUAUAUUGGUAACACAAACAAACUUGCAUUACUAUUAGAUUAUGAUGGUACAUUAGCUCCAAUAGCUCCUCACCCAGAUCUCGCCAAAUUACCUCCAGAAACUAAAAGUGUUUUAGAAAGAUUGGUCAAUAUGUCUGAUGUAUACAUAGCUAUUAUUUCUGGCCGAAAUGUUCACAAUGUUAAAGACAUGGUUGGUAUUGAGGGUUUGACUUAUGCUGGUAAUCAUGGACUGGAAAUUCUUCAUCCAGAUGGUAGUAGGUUUGUACAUCCAAUGCCUAAAGAAUAUGUAGAGAAAGUUGGUGAUCUAUUUAAAGUGCUUCAAAAAAAAGUUUGCAAAGAUGGUGCUUGGGUAGAAAAUAAAGGUACUUUAUUGACAUUCCAUUAUCGUGAAGUGCCUGUUGAUAUUCGACCUGAACUCAUAUCUACAGCACAGCAUCUCAUUGAAGAAGCUGGAUUUAAGGCAGGUCAGGCUCAUUGUGCUAUUGAAGCCAAACCCCCAGUACAAUGGAAUAAAGGACGCGCAUCUUUGUAUAUAUUACGUACAGCUUUUGGUUUAAAUUGGAGUGAACGUACACGCAUUAUUUAUGCAGGAGAUGAUGUAACUGAUGAAGAUGCAAUGCAGGCAUUAAAAGGUAUGGCAGCAACUUUCAGAGUAGCCCAGUCUCAAAUAGUUAAAACUUCAGCUGAACGUCGUUUACCAAGCAUAGAUUCUGUGUUGACUAUGCUGAAAUGGGUUGAAAGACAUUUUAGUAAGCGAAUCCCUCGUGAAGACUUUGUCAACCCUCGUGUUGGUAAUUUAAGUAAUAAUCUACCAAUGUCGCUUGGAGAAAUUGAAAUGGAGCUCAGUAUGCCAGAAGAAAAAUUUUCACAUUAAACUUAUAACUUACAAAUAUUGAUAUAUUAAUCCUUAAUGUUAAUUAAUGCUCAUUCAUAGCAACACAACUAGUUUUAAAUUAUUCAAUAGUAAAUCAUAACAUCCUUUUUUAG